UGGUGACAGCGGUGAGUAAUGUAGACAAUUUGCAUCAGUUUCUCUAGUCACUCGGUCUAACAGAGGUGAGAUUUGUUUCAGCAGUCGCUGAAGCCCAAUACAACAAGCUCCUGUUUACAGGUCUCUGUAAGCCUUUCUGUGGACUUGCCAUGUGUUCUGGAAUAGUGGAGAAUUAUGUGGCAGCCAUGGUGCUCAGUGGUGCCGGAGAUGCCCUCGGUUACAGAAAUGGCCAAUGGGAAUUCUGUACAAAGGGUUCGAAGAUUCAUGCUGCACUGGCCGAACUAGGAGGCAUUGAGAACAUAGAUGUAAAAACGUGGAUAGUAAGUGAUGACACUGUCAUGCAUAUUGCCACGGCAGAAGCUUUGGUGAAGGCAGGAAAAAACAUUGAACCUUCCAAUCUAUAUCCUUUACUGGCAAAGAAAUACAAGGAGUGUAUGGAUGACAUGGAUGGCAGAGCACCAGGAGGUACUUGCAUGAGCAGUGCAUAUGAGCUAAAUCCUGCAACUCCAGAUGGAUGGAUGAUCCCAUUCCAUAAAUCAGCAGGAGGGUGCGGUGCAGCUAUGAGAGCUAUGUGCAUAGGACUGAGGUUUCCACGCCCAGAGCAACUGAAUGACCUGAUACGCAUCAGUGUAGAGAGUGGUAGAAUGACACACCACAAUCCUACAGGAUACCUGGGUUCACUGGUGUCUGCAUUGUUCACCUCCUAUGCCAUAAACCGUAAGCCUCUGCACGAGUGGGGUAAGGGUUUGCUGGACGUGUUGCCUUUGGUAAAGGACUAUGUCAUAGAUGCCGGGCGGGAUGUGUCGCAAAAUCUGGGUGCAUGGUCUUACUUUGAAGAACAGUGGAUCUCCUAUCUUGGAAAAAGGGACAUUUUGAAUGGAACAUCUCAGCCACAGUUUCCAGAGAAAUAUGAUGUUGAGGAACGAGAUCAGUUUUACACUUCAGUAAGCUACAAUGGAUGGGGUGGAGGCAGUGGGCAUGAUGCACCCAUGAUUGCUUAUGAUGCGAUCCUUGGUUCUGGUGAGAACUGGACAGAACUCUCUCACCGUGCAUUUUUCCAUGGUGGGGAUAGUGAUUCAACUGCGGCCAUUGCAGGUGCCUGGUUUGGAAGCAUGUAUGGAUUCAAAGGUGUCCCCAAAGCCAACUAUAAGAAAUUGGAAUACAGAGAGAGACUAGAAAAGCUUGGAAAGGAGCUCUACCAUCUUGCAUAAAGCAUGGGACUCAUUUGUAAAGCUUCUAUCAAUAAAGUAAAAAAUUCCUUUCACUGAAAAAUGAUCUUUCCCUACUUACAGUACUCAAACUGUGUUGACAUUGCUCUUAGAAUCCUGUUACUGGAAACAAUACAUGCCAUAGUAACCAGUAGACCACAGAACCUGUCACCAGUACUAUUCUGCCCUCUCUGCAGACCCGCUGAACCUCCAUCACUGUGAGAGAAACGAGUCCGACGAGACUUGUGGCCUCUCCCUCCCCCGCCUUCUGCCAGUGACUGGCAGGUUUCUUUCCUUU